AUGGAUUUGGGUUCUGAUGACUCUUCAUCAAUGUCAAGUGUUGAUUCUAUCAAUGAUUUCCAACCUUCAACAACACCCCAACAACGUACAUUGGAUUUACCAAAUCCAAUUAUUGAAGUAACUCCAAUAACACCAACAAAUCAAAAAGGACUAAAUUCUGUAAAUUCAACUCCCGUAAAUAACUUUACCACCCCAAUGUCAGUGACACCUAAUAUUGGCGUCACAUCAGUUUUACAAAAUUUAACAAUGCCAAUCACUUCUACUAAAUUGGAUAUCAAAACUAGUCAAAGUAUUAAUAAUGAAGAACCUUUCAACUUGUCAAAUAACAUGGACACAACAGAAUAUGUUUUGUUAUUAUUUUUCCAAGAGUUUAAGGAACAAGCAUCUAAAAUUAUAGACGAAUUUGCCUAUGAAAAUGUAUGUUAA